GUCAUGACGUAAAUUCAGAAUCUGACAGAAAAACUCACAACAGUUUACUCAGUCCGGGUAAUAGUCAUAAUCAUUAAGACAAACUGGAAGAGACGGAUGUAUCUAAGAAUAUUACACAGCAUGGACUUUAUGUAAAUAUCGUUACAGCAAGAUGUGAAUUGACCCAGGAGAAAAUACCGACUGAGACCAAAGACGACAUGUUGGUUCGAAACAUGAGAGAUGGGACCCCUCACACCACCGGCCGUGCCAAGGUGUCCCAUGCAGUUGUGGUCAUCUUUCUAGAGUUCUUUGCUUGGGGGCUGCUUACAACACCAAUGCUGACUGUUCUUCAUGAAACAUUCCCCCAGCACACAUUUCUCAUGAAUGGUCUGAUUCAAGGUGUUAAGGGGUUGCUGUCUUUCCUGAGUGCCCCUCUGAUAGGUGCCUUAUCAGAUGUUUGGGGCAGGAAGUCCUUCCUGCUGGUUACAGUGUUCUUCACCUGUGCCCCAAUCCCCCUAAUGAGGAUAAGCCCAUGGUGGUAUUUUGCCAUGAUAUCAGUCUCUGGCGUCUUCGCUGUGACUUUCUCUGUAAUAUUUGCAUAUGUUGCUGACAUCACUGAAGAACAUGAAAGAAGCACCGCAUAUGGACUGGUGUCAGCAACGUUUGCCGCCAGUUUGGUCACGAGUCCCGCCAUCGGUGCCUACCUUUCUGCAAAUUACGGCGACAGUUUGGUGGUGCUAGUGGCCACUAUCAUCGCAGUGGUGGAUAUCGCCUUUGUCCUUUUGGUCGUGCCAGAAUCUCUCCCAGACAAAAUGAGACUGACGUCCUGGGGGUCGCCUAUCUCCUGGGAGCAAGCUGACCCCUUUGCUUCUCUUAGGCGAGUGGGAAAGGACCCGACAGUGUUGCUUAUAUGUGUCACAGUGUUCCUGUCCUACUUGCCAGAGGCAGGCCAGUACUCCAGUUUCUUCCUCUACCUGCGACAGGUUAUUGAAUUCUCGCCUGCGGCAAUUGCUGCUUUUAUAGCAAUGGUCGGGAUCCUCUCUAUUAUCGCUCAGACAUUGCUCUUAACCUAUUUUAUGAGAACUAUCGGGAAUAAAAACACAGUGUUACUUGGACUGGGGUUUCAGCUGUUCCAGUUAGCCUGGUAUGGCUUUGGAUCAGAACCAUGGAUGAUGUGGGCUGCGGGUACAGUCGCAGCCAUGUCCAGUAUCACCUUCCCUGCAGUCAGUGCUUUGGUGUCCCGGAUAGCAGCCUCUGAUCAGCAAGGAUGUGUCCAGGGAAUGAUUACGGGUAUCAGAGGCCUAUGCAAUGGGCUGGGUCCAGCUCUGUACGGCUUCAUAUUCUUCCUGUUCAACGUGGAGCUGAACGAGCUUGACCCUAUGACAGGAAGAAACAAAAGCACAUCUCAGGAGCCCAGCGAGAAACCGACCAUUCCCGGUCCACCCUUCCUGUUCGGAGCCUGUUUAGUGUUGCUGGCUCUCCUUGUGGCCAUCUUCAUCCCUGACCACCACAGUAUGGCAGUGAAGACCUACACGGACACGCGCAAAAUCAGCACCAGCAACAACCUCCAGAGUUUAAACCCCCUGCCUGCCAGCGAAGAGGACAUAGAGCCUCUCCUGCAGGACAGCAGCAUGUGACUGUCUGAAAGAGACUCCAACAUGAGCCCCCCUAAUGGCCCCUAAACUACAACCUCAACCAGCAGCAGCCGACAUGGAGCCAUGCAGGGUAUAUCCUUCAACCACGUUGAACACAGUUCUGUUUCUACGAUUAGGGAUCGGUCUUUUGUCCAGCGAGAUGGUUUUAUCGUUUACUGUGAUUUUACAUUGCGACAAGGACAGAAACACUUCUUAAUGCACCGGGUUGAGUGACAAUGUGUUUUGGUGUCAAACAUUGGCCUAGACAGUGUUUGUGGAGUUGAAGAGAUGACCGUAAGCUCUGCUGGUUUCUCAUAUGCUUAAAGAACCCCCCCUCCUAUUAAUGGGUUUAAAAUGCCAAUCAAUGCCCACUCCAGCUUUAUGUUAAUAAAAUAUUGACCUGUAUCUCAUCAAAGUUACUGUGCAAUCUAGAUUGUAAACGGAUUGAUGUAUAGUUAGGUAAAUACACUACAUGACAAAGUAUGUGGACACCUGCUCUUAGACCAUCUCAUUCCAAAAUCAUGGGCAUUAAUGUGGAGUCCCCCCCCCCCCCCCCCCCCCCUUUGCUAUAACAACCUCCACUCUUCUGGGAAGGCUUUCUACUAGAUGUUGGAACAUUGCUGCGGGGACUUGCUUCCAUUCACCCACAAGAGCAUUAGUGAGGUAGGGCACUGAUUCAUCCCAAAGGUGUCAAAACAAAUUUUAUUUGUCACAUACACGUGUUUAGCAGAUGUUAUUGCGUGUGUAGCGAAAUGCUAGUGUUUCUAGCUCCAACAGUGCAGGUGUUUGAUGGGGUUGAGGUCAGGGCUCUGUGCUCGCCAGUCAAGUUCUUCCACACCGAUCUCGACAAACCAUUUCUGUAUGGACCUCACUUUGUGCACAGGGGCGUUGUCAUGUUGAGUCGUUGUUGCUCCAAGAUGUUUCCACUUCACAUAGUUGACCGGGGCAGCUCUAGCAGGGCAGAAAGGUUGCAUCCUAUGACUGUGCCACGUUGAAAGUCACUGAGCUCUUCAGUAAGGACAUUCUACAGCCAAUGUUUGUCUAUGGAGAUUGCAUGGCGGUGUGCUUGAUUUUAUACACCUAUCAGCAAUGGGUGUGGCUGAAAUAGUCGAAUCCACUAAUUUGAAGGGGUGUCCACAUGCUUUUGUGUAUAUAUAGUGUAUGUACCUUAAAGGUGAUGCAAUUUAUUAUAAAUGCUGUGCCAUAUAUUAUUUUUUAUUUUUGCCUUUUGUCAUGCAUUGUUGAAUCAGCCGAGUGAGACUUGACUUGGACUUGAAUGUUACAGAAAUAGUUGCUGAAAGAGUUGAACAUGACAUUCCAAAUAUGCCUAUCCACCAUACAAAUCCCAACCGGAGUAUAUUGUCAGCUACCUCAAAUUUUUACCUCUUCAUAAGAUGUAAAUUAAAGACAAAUCUUGGCCCCCUGAUUUGGUAUAGCUUCUCAUAACCUUUAAAAACUAAAUCAUCACUUUUACAGGAACUGUUACCUUUUACAUCUGUGUGUUAGUUCUUAUGUUGCAUAAAGGUCUGGUGGGAUUGUGGCUACCCGUGACAUUAAUGGAUUAACUUGAGACCCACAGUACAGUUGUACUCCUCAGUUUUUAACUUGAGACUUUAACAUUUUAACUGCCAAUCCUGAAUUGAAAUUAAAACCGUGAUAAUGGCAUAUUGUGGUACUUUAAAAAUGUAUUUUCAGAGUACAGUUGUUUGGCCUCAUAACUAUUGCAACUAGUUGGAAAGUGUUUUUUUGUGGUAUGGUACAGGUAACUGUCAAAAUAAAGGAUACACUUGAGUAAAUUAGGGUUCUGGCCAUUCUGUUAUGGUGCAUUUUCCUGGUAUGGUUUAGUUCCACUCGACCUCUUUAGAGGACAAGGUAAACACCAAUGAAUACACAGCCAUUGAGUGAUCACCUUCAACCUAUGGUGAAUCCUUUCUGUCCUGAUGGAAGUGGUCUCUUCUAGGAUGACAAUGCCCCCAUCCACAGGGCACGAAUGGUCACUGAAUUUUUUGCUGAGCAUGAAAACGAUUUAAACCAUAUACCAUGGCCGUCUGUUACCAGAUCUCAACCCAAAUGAACACUUAUGGGAGAUUCUGGAGCGGAGCGUGAGACCACGUUUUCCACCACCAACAAAGCACCAAAUUAUGGAUUUUCUCGUGGAAGACUGGUGUCGCAUGUAGUUCCAGACAGUUGUAGAAUAUAUUGUAUGCCAAGGUGCAUUGAAGCUGUUCUGGCGUGGUGACCCAAUGACCUAUUAAGACACUUUGUUGGUGUUUCCUUUAUUUUAGCGGUUUCCUGUAUCUAUUAUGACCCCAGACUGAAUGGAGACCAAGAUGUUGCUCUGUCAGAUCUUAAGAUUUUUUUAAUGUUGCUCUCUCAAAGAUAGUUGGUGUAAAAAAACACAUUACAACCUAUAUUUUUGCAUACAAUCAUAACUAACCUGUAAAAGUGGAAUUUAGUGUUACAUUUUCCAUGUUGUGUACUGUAUUAAUUUUGCCAGCAGGUUUGAAUCUAACUUAUGACAUAUCUCAUGUUGAUGAAACAGUAUGAAUCUGUUCAAUAACUUAUGCAAGAAAGUCUUGGACUUUCGUAAUGCAGAACUUUGUAUAUUUUAAGAACAAGGUUAAUAUAUUUAGCCAUUGUUAUUGCUAAAGAAAACGAUUCAAUUAUGCAGUUAAAAUACUUAUUUCUACAUGGAUGAGUCAUUUACUCAACUAUUGCAGUGUAAAUUAUGCAUUCAUUCUGAGUAUUGCACCUUAAUUUCAAUGAAUAUGUGUGCCUAAAAAUAUAUGUUUAAUAUACUGAACAAAAAUAUAAGCGCAACUUGCAACAAUUUCAAAGAUUUUACUGAGUUACAGUUCAUGUCAGGAAAUUAGUCAAUGGAAAUGAAUUCAUUCGUCCCUAAUCUAUGGAUUUCAUAUGACUGGGCAGCGGUGCAGUCAUGGAUGGGCCUUGGAGGGGAUAGGCCCACCCAAUGGGGAACUAGGCACAGGCAUUCAGAAUGACUUUUUCUCCACAAAAUGGUUUUAUUACAGACUGUAAUAUUUCUAACCCCCUACAGUUUUGAGGCCGGUUGGACUCACUUCCAAAUUCCCCUAAAACGACGUUGGAGGCAGCUUAUGGUAGAGAAAGUAACAUUCAAUUAUCUGACAACAGCUCUGGUGGACAUUGCUGUAGUCAGCAUGCUCCCAACAAACUUGAGACAUCUGUGGCAUUGUGUUGUGGGACAAAACUGCACAUUUUAAAGUGGCCUUUUAGUGUCCCCACCACAAGUUGCACCUGUGUAAUGAUCAUGCUGUUUAUUCAGCUUCUUGAUAUGCCACACCUGUCAGGUGGAUGGAUUAUCUUAGCAAAGGAGAAAUGCUCAAUUACAGGAAUGUAAACAAAUUUGUGCACAAAAUUUGAGAGAAAUACGCUUUGUGCAUAUGGAACUUUUCUGGGAUUUUUUUUAUUUCAACUCAUGAAACAUGGGACCAACACUUUACAUGUUGCGUUUUAUAUUUUUGCUCAAUCUAUUUUGAGGUCUUUUUUUAAAAUGAUGUUGAAUUAUUUCUUCAUGGGUUGUGCAUUUGUAAUAGCUUUGUUUUCUCUUAAAUCAUAAUUCUGAAUAAUAUCUACAAUAAUAAAGACAUGUAUAGCCAUU